UUUUAGUGUGUCACCGUUCCUUAACAUGCAUAAACAGGACAUGCACUCUGUAUUAGAUUAUAGACAUAGAAAUAUGUCGCUUCUGAAUUAUUCGUGAAUAUUGUUGUUUUUAUUGAUGGUGACCAUGUUACUGGUGUGAGGACAUAUGUGAUGAUAACGACUUAACUUAUUUUGCACAAGAACAACAAUCAUGAUUGCUCAACGUACGUGUGCUCAAAAUAAUAUAAAAACAAAAACAUUCGAUCUCAUUUAUGUGUUCUCAGGACGAACCCGUUUCCUAGUCAUAUUCAUCUUCUCAAUAAGUCCUUCGUUAGUACAUAGUCAGCCACUUCACCUGCCAGCUGAGCGAUUUCCAUGUGGUUCCUCAAAUCUGACCUGUCAGCGCUGGGGCUAUACUGCCUGCGUCAAACCUGACGGAGAGUAUUACUGCUUACCUUGCGACCAUGAAUAUCUCAGAACGUUAUGUGGAACAAAGGAAGAGGUUCAAGGAUGCAAUCUUUACUGUACCGAGAACAAAGUGAACAUCGAGAUAAAGAAAUUACAAUCAGACUUUUUCAGGCAAACUAAAGAUAUCAAAAGUAACUUUACUACUAUACUUGCUGACGUACAAGAAGACUUUUUCAAGAAGUUAAGAGAUCGGGAAGCAAAGCUUAAAAUAUGUCAGACUGACAGAGAUCUGUAUAUAAACAGAACGAAAUCUCUUGAGAAGGAACUCAGUAAGGAAGGUUAUUUCACAAAAUGUCUUAAAUGGAUACUUGGAGGUUUAGCAUCGUCAUAUGUAGCUGCUGGUGUGUGCUUGGUCAUCUGGUGCCUAAAAUGUCGUAAACGUGACAAGACAAGUGCAGAUAUUGAAACACCAGAACAAUUGGUGCCAUUGAAACAAGUUGCUUCUAACAGGAGCGUUUCGGAAUGGUCAGAAGAAUCUGAAGUUAAAAAGGAAGUACCAUGUCCUAUUGUUCUAGACAAUGCGACACAAAGUGAAAACGACAACGUAAACGCUAGUUCCAAAGGAAAGGAAUCUGAGCAACUGACUGACGAACAAAAUAAUAAAUGUGUAAAUAAUGGCUGCUCGACAAAAGCUAUGUUCCAAAAUGUUCCUCCAGCAUCAGAGAAUGGUUUCGACAAAAUGGCCAUCCAAAGACAAGACCAUGACUGUACCCUUAACAAACAGGCUCCAAUAAUUUAAACUAUGUCGUUGGGUCGUUUCAUUCAUUGUUUUAUGUAUAUUUAUGAAUGGUGAAUGCGUGCAAUUGUAUGCAUCUGUAUUUAUCACAAAUUAUUUAUGCAUGUCGAUGAAAUCAUAUUUGUUUCAGUAUCAAUAAAUGUUAUUUGUCUACAAA